AAUCGCCGAUCGACUGCGGUGGUCCAGGCAUGUCCGCCACGUUAACACCUCCAUCAAUUAUGUAAAAGAGACAUUAACGAGGAAUGGGCAUCUAUAGACCUUCUAUAGCCGGUGUGCUUCAUAUAUAGGCCACAAACUACACGACACAAUCUCAUCGCCGCUUCAGAAUCAGUGUUCUCAGAGAUGCAGCGAGCGCGCGCAGACAUGCUGCUGGUCAGAAGAAAAUACAAGAGAUACUCCAAACACAAGAUGACCUACCUGGGUCUGAUCGCAUGUGUCAUUCACAACGCCCCUGAGAAGAAAUUAACGUUUUACGAGUUAAUGAAUGCGGUGAGGAUAUUUGUGGAUGGCGACAGAAAAGGCCUUGAGAAUAAUAUCAGAGUCUGUUUAUCAUCAAACACAUGCUUUGUAAAGGUACCUAUAAAUCCAGAGUGCCCAAAUGCAAAGCGCAACUUUUGGAAAGUGGAUGAAAGUAAAAUAACCCCAAAAAUACUGCGACGACACUUCGGUGCUUUGCGCGACGUCUUCCCUGACUUUUAUGAGAACAUGGAAGUGUCCUCUGUGAAGAAUGAAACGGAAAACAACAGGGCGACCCUUAAACGCCUCGAGGCUGAAAAGAAGUUUACCAGCCCGUUUUCAAUAGAGUCUCUUCUGCAGCGGGAGAGCAGCGCCCCCCUGAGGAACAGACCUGCACUUUGUGCAACUAGGAACCUGGAAAACGCGUUCGUGGGCCUCGCACAUGGAGAUCGUGGUUUGGCAUUAAAGAGGAAAACAUGGGACUGGCCCCAUCAGACUUCAUACGCCGAUUUCAGCGGAUCAUAUUCACACAUUUAUUUACCUACUUACAGUUUGGGCCAAAUGUAUGAUGGCUGCAGUCCCUCCAGUGGAUCCUCCGAGAGGAUGUGCUCAGUCUCUGAACUGUCUUACUGUACAGCACCUGAGAGCUUUAGGCUGUUCACCUCAAACGCUGUGACCUGGGCUUACAUGUAAACUGCACUUAACAUACACUUACUUUUCUUGCUGAUUUAUUCUGCAUUGUUGAAAAUAUCUCCCAACUUCUUAUUUUCCAAAUAAAACAUCACAGUUUGUUUUAUAAUAACCUUUCAGUGAACAUUUCUUAAAAAAAAACUUAAAGUUUUCUUAGUGUGAAGAACAUUUUAAAAAUAUUUUACACUGUAAAGAACCUUUUGUGGAAUGAAAUGGUUCCAUGGAUGGUAAAGGUUCUUUGUGGAACUAUUGUGUAUAUGGUGUAUAAGUGUGUACAUGGUUCAGGAUAAGCCACUUAAAACCCACUUAAUUGUACAUAUUCCAUUCAGACACAAAGACGGGAUGAUUCAAAUUAAAUUUAUUGACCUCCAGCUUCCAGCAGUCAAUAUGCAUGCAGAUACAGGCUUCAGUCAAAAUCUUUUUUUUUUUUUGUCAAAGUUUCCCAACCUUUUCUUACAAAACUGCGUGCACCUUAAAUAAUCAGUUCUGCAGCGUACAAACCACAAAAAUACCAGUUUUACAUUAUCAAAUACUGCACAUAGAAAACAUU